UUUACUCUGUCGUGUAAGUCGCCAGCGGCGCACGCGCAUCGGUAUACAGAUAUAAUUGUCAUUGAUAAUAUUAAAUAUAAUAAAAAAAAAAUACGCCCCGUCCAUCAUUUAGUUGGUGAUGUGAUAACGCACGUAUAUCUAGUGUACUAUAAAAUAAUUGUGAUAAUAAUUUCAUUAUGAAGGAAUCAAUUGUAUUAUUGCUGGCGGUGAGCGGGCUGGCGCUGUCAGCGGACCUGUGUUGUCCGAACGAUGAGAUCAUAAGAUCGAGAGGCUACUGCGGAAAUGGAACCUACAGGAUUAACAUGAACUGCUCCUUGGGACACAUCCUACUGAGAGACAUCGUGCUAAAGGGGAAUAGUGUUUCUACGUUGGACUCUCCGGGAUUUGUGUUCGUUGAAGAUCCCUCUUUGUAUUGCAUCGGUAAAAUGUAUAAGAACUCGUCGGAACCGGAUUUGGGUACAAUCCCAGUGGCUGUGGUCUGCUUUGAGGAGAUCAAGAAUUACGACAUCGAAACUGGUGGAGUCCUUACACUGAUAUCUGUAGUCUUUCUACUUGCCACAUUCGCUAUAUACAUGUACUUGCCACAAAUGAGGGAUCUGCAAGGCGUCUGUUAUAUGAGCAUGUGCGUCAGCAUGGCGCUGGGUUUCCUAUCGCUAGGGAUACUACAGCUGAGCCCUGGAUUUAAGGGAGAAAUAUGUACUGUAACAGGUUUUCUCGUCUACUUUUGGAUGAUGGCUACCUUCUUCUGGAUGAACGUCAUAAGCAUCAACAUGUACAGAACUGUGGAAGACGCCAGCUAUUUGAAGAAGACGGAAAAGAAACAGUACUUUAUGUAUAAUUGCUAUGCCUGGGGUUUUACUAUCUUCUUCCUCAUAGUAUCGCUCAUCACUAACUUUGUAGAAGGGAGCCACUACAAACCGGGGAUUGGAGAUGGCAGCUGCUGGUUUAAAGGGCGAACGGAAACUUGGAUAUUCUUCUACGGACCUAUAGCUAUUCUCAUCGCCACAAACGUUAUCCUAUUCGUCCUAUCUUCCAUCAACCUCUGGAGACACACCAGGAAAUACGAAGUUAAUAAGCUAAAUAACCUUAAACAUAGGUUCUUGGUGUCCCUGAAGCUGUUCCUCGUCAUGGGGAUUUCAUGGAUAUUUGAGAUAGCUAGCUUCGCACACGGGGAGGCCCAUAUAAUUUGGAAAAUAAUGGACACCUUCAACUGCCUCCAAGGUAUCGUUAUAUUUCUGAUUCUGGUCGUGUUCCGAAGACGAGCCAUGCAAGGUCUGGCAGGUGAGAACUGCUGUUUGUUUAUAACACGACCUAUAGCAGAGAAACUGAGUCCUCACGACGACUCAGAUGAUCAACAGAUAUUAGCGGAUGAUACCGUUGAGGUUAGGUUAAAUUAAAAUUAUUUAAAUUUAAUAUUAUCUAUUAAACCUCAAACAAUUUCAUGGUCUUCGUUGUUUAUAUAUGAUUGUAGCAGAACUAUGAAAUUGUUAUGCAAUACCUGUGUAUAUUUUACAAACGCCAGUUCGCAUUGUGUAAAAUAUAUUGAUAUUUGAAUAGGAAUAACCAUAAAGGAAUCUCUUUUAAAUACCCUCUAAUGCUUUGUUUUCAAUGCACAGAUCGCGAUAUUGAUAUGUGGUUAAUAUUAACCGAAUUAAAAUUAUAUAACUAUACGAUACUAUAAAAUUUUAACAUGGAGACAUUGUAUGAUAUAAUCAAUGUAUUUAUCGAUAAAGAAAUUUCUAGAUUACUAUAGAGACAUUGUUAUCUUAUCGUGCCAUAAUGUAGAAUAAAUAAGACUCAAUGGCGAUUAGUCUUAAUAUAGAUAAUUUAGAUAGAAGUCUGAUAUAUAAAUUGUUAAAACAUACAAUAGUGUAAUGUAUAUAAAGAGUUUUAUUAUUAUUAAAUAUGUUAAAAUGAUUUUAUAAUGCAUGUCAUUGUUAGAGAUAAUAUAAUGAUUUUUAAAAUGUUAA